UGUCGAGGAACCUAAAGACCUUAAUUUAAAUUUAUAAUUCUAAACAAAUUGCAAUGAUUUUGAUAUUUUAAUAGAGUCCUCUGUGAAACAUGUAUAAUAUAUUCAUAAUUAAUAUGCACAAACUCACAGGUAUAUGUAUAAACAAGAUUAGUAUAUAGUAUAUAGAUUAGUAUAUAGUAAUUCAAAAGCACAGUCAAGUGGGUUGUGGUAUUCCAAGUCUGAAUUAAAAUCACAUUCAUUUAUAAUAACUAUCCUCAAGGAGUACAAAGUCAUGUAAACCAACCCAUUUAAUAACUAUCCUCAAGGAGUAAAAAAACACCAACACAUUUAUGAACUACAUUUACAGGAAAAGUUCACAUAAUGAAAAGUAAAAUAAUACACAGAAGUGAACAAUAAGAGUUAAAGCAAUAUGAGCUGCAAUUUUCACGUUGAAUUUUUUUUAAAGAAAAUGUUAUUUUCUACUAAAAUGACAAAAAAUAUGAUGGUUUUAAAAUUUCUAUUAGCUCUGUUUUUGUGGGAAAAGCCAUUAAGAAGCCUUAAUUGGAGCAAAAUUGAAUUAUUGUCGUCCUGUACAAAAAUUGAUCCGCUAUAUAUACCUUAUAAGUGAAAUCUUUCUCCUGACAAAAAUUAAUGAUUUUUUCAAAUCUUAUUUAUCAUAAAAGUUUACGUUACAGGCAGACUUAUCAUACUAGCAGGUUUUUGCAGCAAAAUAAAAUUCUAAAAAAUACAGCUCAUAUUGCUUUAAUAUGAUUGAGUUUGCAAACUAAGAAAACCAAUCCCUUUUUCAGGACACAAAAAAUAUAUUACUUUUAAUAGAAACAAAGAAAACAAAUUCUAGCACUAAAACUAACACUAUAAUCAAACUAUACUACACUUUUUACAGUUUUGUAUUGCAAUGUUUGGGAAAGUGUUGGCUACCUGGCCGAUCACUCUAGAAUAGUCAAUAUACAUAUUUAACAGAUAAUGCAGAGUUCGAAAGUCUAUUUAUCACAAGCGCUUUCUGAAUUAAAACAUCUGUGAAGGUGAACAUACAUAAGAUAUGAAAUUAUUUUCCUUAGAUUUUUAUAAUUCUAUUCUAGAAAACAAUAAAGUACUGGGCCAAAUUAAACCAUUUGAUAUAUGCAGUAAAAUGGAUGAAACACAUCAGCAAUAUGUGUAAAUAGACUUUGAAGUAUUUAAGUUUGGAUAAGAGUGACAUAAAUAAAAUCAAGCAUAUUCAGCUAAAAAAAACAGGUUAUUAACAUACACAUAGGUUUAAUACAUAUACAGUAGUUUACUCAAGGUAUCUUCGUCGUAAGAGUGCAUACAUGUGUAUAUCAAGGGUGAAUGUAAUUUGAAAUCUUUGAAUCCCCUUAGCCUAAGGAUGCUUUGUGCCAAGUUUGGUUGAAAUUGCAUGGCCCUGUGGUUCUUGAGAAGAUGUUGAAAAUGUGAAAAGUUUACAAACAGACAGGCGAACAGACAGACGGACGACAGACAAAAUGUUAUCAGAAUAGCUCACAGCUCAGGUGAGCUAAAAAGGGAGGGAACAGGUGAUGCAAAGAUGUCAUUAUAGUGAUGGAGACAUGGAAAAGCUGUAUGAUUGUAGAGUAUUUAGUGUAACACAUCCCAACACUUCACAAUAAAAAGUUUCCUUUGAAAUUAUGUUACAUUUCUGUAACAGAGUGUAAAAUAAUCUAAGGAGCAAGAGGAAAGAUGAUUAUGUUAUUAAUGUUGAUGUGGAUGGAAGGCGUUUUGUUGUCAACAAUGUAUCCCGACUUAAUAAAAACCAAAAGGGGAGACUCAGCUGGGAGAUGAUGAUACCAAUGCUGCUUGCGUGUAUGAACAACCUAGUAUGUAGAUUAUUCUUUUAAUAAUUUAAAAUAUUGUAAGAUGUAUUUAAAUUCAUCAAGAUACAUUUGUCUUUAACCCAUUUUGUGAAAGCAUAUAUUGUUUUUAAAACCAUUGGAGGAAACCCCAAUGGUCCAGUUGCCAGCUUCGAAAAGUACAUUCAGAAACUGAACCCAGAAUGUGAGUUUCUGCGGCAAAGACCAAAACACUACCAGCAUCACAUGAUCCUGAUAACCAUGAUCUUUAAUACGCCAAUAUGGUGGCAGGCAAGAAUAAUUUUUGGAAAUUUAUACAGAUAAUCAGCAAAGGGGCAAAACUUACAACGUACACUAAUCAUUCUAUUAAAGCUACAUGUGUCAAAAUCUUGGAUGAGUCAGGAUAUGAAUCUAGGCAUAUAAUGGGGUUAUCAAACACAAGGCUGAGACAAGUCUGAAACAUUGCUCCUCAAAAUUAAGUGAAAAAUGCAGAAGAGAAAUGUCAAUUAAAUGCAACAAGAAGGAAAAUAUGUGUGUCCAAAUUUUGUUGGUCUGAAUUCGAAGUAUCUUCAUCAAGGCCUUCAUCUACAAGUGUUCAAUCCAACACAUAUUCAUGGGGACCUAAAUCUUCUACUACUGUUGAGGCUUAUGGAAUAAGCCAGGUUUAUGUUGGAAAGACAGGUUUAGUUCGGAUUUGACUUUUCCGCCAUUAUUGAUUCUAAAUUUAUGUUGCUUCAAUCUGAUUGGCUGUUAUUUUUAUAGUGGGGAUUCAAUUACAUGUAAGCAGUGUGAUAAAAUUGUGAACAAAUUGUGAUCUUAAACUUUUUUGGCCCGUUUCACGGACUUUUCUAUUAGUCUACCUACUGAAGACUAACCUUCCUUGAAGAUAUCGUUUUCGUGUAGAAUGUGAUUGUACAAAAUUGUGGAUAUUUACAGUGAUAUUUAGUAUCACACUGAUUGUUUAACUUCGGACGCUGAGGAUCAAGUUACUUUCAUCAACAUGGCUGAUCAUUCACGAAAUCGAAACCGACGUAUACAAUCAAAUCGCUGGGACGAUGGCCACAUCAACAAUUGGACAACCCAGCGUUACAUCGAAGAACUUGCUAAACUCGGCAUUCGUGUCCCGUCGAAUAUCGGGAAAGUUGUACUGAAAAAACUUUAUUUGGAAAACCAAGGAAUGCCCCCCGCGAACUCCUCAGAUGCCGUAUCAAUAUCAAUUCGGGAGACGGGGAAAACACAAAUGCCGCGAGUGAUCCUCCGAGCGCUGAACCUAUCCCAGAGGCAAACUCUAGGCCUACUGAAACAGCGAGAUCGGGAGUAAAUGUUUCACAGUCGGGGUCGGGAUCGAGCCCAUCCUUCACUAUUCAAUCGGGAUCGAGUGCAAAUUCGUCCAAUAUGGCGGCCGCGACUAUGAACAAUGACAUAGUCUACAGCAUGCUUAAUACUAUGCAGAGCAUGCAGCAGACAGUACUAGGUCUUCAAAAUACUGUAAUGACCCUUGUAUCGGAGAAGAGAAAGGAAAAGGAUGACCACACAUCAUGCACAUUGGACACGGCAAUGGCAGCGAUCCGUCAACAAGCGUCACCAACGUCAUCUACAUGUACAGCAGGUGGGUACACACUCCCCAGAACAGAAUUUGGCGUCCCAUCAGAAUCCCUUUCGCACCUCGAUAUAGUUAGCGAGAAUUUAAGAAAAAAAAUAUGGGAGGGGAAAGACGUGAAUAUGGCAGAACUGCUGAUCUCCAAAUUCGAAUCGGACAAGCCGAAUAACAUCACUAUCAACUUGAUAAAGCAGGAAGAUCAACGGCUCCACAGGAGGCUUUCCAUUGCCGAAUUUCUUACCGCAUUUGGUAAAUAUAAAAGAGUCAUGUGCCAACGAUAUCCGGAGAGACGGGUUGAAUUGGAUAGAUAUGAAGCAAUCAUAGUCGAUAUCCAUAACGUAUAUGGUGGCAAAUUCUAUGACUACCAUUGUCAAUUUUCUUCAAGAGCUGCAACCGCCCUCAGAGACAAUGUGAAAAUUGACUGGUCAAUGAAAAAUCUUGGCCUCCUUAUGAUGGUAGUUGGUAAUGCUACAGCAAACAAGUGCUCCACUUGUACAUCCAGCAUGCAUCUGUCGGCGUUCUGCCCGCAAGGUCAACAGAACAAUUACAUUCCAGUAAUUGGCCAGAACGUACAGAAUAAUCCCACCAACAGGAAAACAACAGACAAGUACGGUAGAAAACGUACAAUUAUCAACAGCAAAGAAGUUUGUAACAACUUCAACAAGAACAAAUGCUUUAAAUCCAACUGCCAAUUUGAGCACAUUUGUACCGCAUGUCAUGAAAAUGACCAUGGAUCCUCACAGUGUAAGACAAGCCAAAGGAAUCCCUCUCAGAGUAAAAAGUGA